UACCCGGCCCCUCGUGCCUCUGGAAGAAGAAGGGUGCAUCGGCGGAAGGAGUGAAGAAGGAGAGAAGAAGAAAAGGAAGCGGUCGAGGCGAAAAGUGACGGCAGUGCGCUCCGAACCGUCAGGCGGGACGCUGAGGAAGAGAGCGAAAUUGGUGCACGCGCGUUCAGAUGCGUGCCGCCACCACGUGACUCUCCCCGGGAGACACCUUCAGCCCCCUGCUUAAAUAUCGGGCUCGUCGCUGCGCGCGGCAAUUUAAUCGAGGGACUUUCGCGGACCUCCGCGAGUUUCGUGUCGCGCCGACCGUACGAAUGGAGAAACGCAGUGCUGUCGCGUUGACUUUGGCGUGAAUCUCCGAUGCGAGGGACUAAGAUGAUCCGCGUGAAAUUAGAUUCGCGCUGUUGCACGCGCACGGAUUGAGGGUGACCGGCAUGAACUGCGGUGAUCGCGUGUGAAUGAAGAUACGAAGAUUCGUUGCGUCAACAGCCAGCCGUACUAAUUAGCAUACGAGGGUGUAUCGGUCAAGAUGAAGACAGCGUUGCAGAUUAUGCCGUACUUAGCGGCGCUGAUCCUGACAAUAAUCGCCGAGGACAAACCAACAAACACGGUCUCCGUUUCCUCGGUUUCCUUGGGUUCGCCGGAAGAGUUUCAGAGCAACACGAUAAGGAAGGUGAUGAGCUACUUGGGGAAAUACGGGCUGGAUGAUCAGCGGGCCCUGAAGAAAGUGUAUCUAAGCAACAGGUCGAUCACUUGCAACGAUGGCUCGCAGGCCGGUUUCUACCUACGAAAGUCCCACGGUUCCAGGCGGUGGAUCAUGUACCUGGAGGGCGGCUGGUAUUGCUACGACCACAAGAGCUGCAGGACCAGGUGGAUGCGGAUGCGGCACCUGAUGACGUCAACCCAGUGGCCCGAGACACGCGACGUGGGCGGGAUGCUCUCGCCGAAUCCCGAUGAAAAUCCAUUCUUUUGGGGUACGAAUCACGUUUUCGUUCCUUAUUGCACGAGCGACAGCUGGAGCGGCAGUAGGGCCACCAAGUCGCAGAAUGACAUGUUUUCCUUCAUGGGGGCAGAGAUCGUGGUCCAGAUCAUCCGGGACUUGGUUCCCCUUGGCCUCGAAAACGCGAGCGCCUUUCUUUUAGCCGGUAGCAGUGCGGGCGGCACCGGCGUCAUGCUAAAUUUGAAUCGCGUUCACAAUCUGAUACAUCAUGAAUUGGGCUUGAGACAUGUUGCUAUACGUGGCGUGUCGGAUUCCGGAUGGUUCCUCGAUAGAGCACCUUACUUCCCGAAUGGCCUGUCGCCGGUCGAUGCGAUACAAAAAGGAAUGGAAUUAUGGAACUCUCAGAUGCCUCAUAAUUGCGUAGUUAGAUAUCCUAACGAGCCGUGGAAGUGCUUUUUCGGAUAUCGGCUUUAUCCAACUUUGACCGCGCCGUUGUUUGUCUUCCAAUGGAUAUUCGAUGAGGCUCAAAUGAAAGCCUAUAAUGUCGCGGCACCGGUAACAAGACAGCAAUGGGACUACAUACAUAAGAUGGGCGACAGUCUGCGGAAGACGUUUGAAAAUGUUACCGCGGUCUUUGCCCCGAGUUGCAUUAGUCACAGUGUCUUGACGAAAAGAGAUUGGAAGAUGAUCAAAAUAGAUGAGGUUUCGUUUGCACAGGCACUGUUUUGCUGGGAUCAAAUGCCGAUCGGGAAUUAUCCUAACAAUGGGCAUAACAAUACUCACUCGCAAAUCGAGACCAAUCAACCGUGCGGGAAGUCGCUAAAAAAGCUAUUGCGUUCUGGUAUCAGAAAGGGAAAUGGUACCUCGAUCGAAGACGGAAAAAGCAGAGUUGGAUCCUCUACGGAAAUGCAAAAAGCUCGAUUGUCUGCCGUUGCUAAAAUGCAGGGAAGGAAGCCGGUCUCCGGUUCGGUUCAAGAGCGGGAGAAUAAGAAGAGGCGAAAGAGGAAACAUAAAAGCAGAAGGAGAGAGAGGAAGGAGAGAGAGAGAAGCAAAGAGGAGAGAAUAAAGAAAGAGAAACACCAGCGAAGAAAGAACGCUGGUCGUCGCAAGGGCGGCAAACAAGUCAAUGGCAACAACCAUACGGCUAUAUUUAACGGCAUCAGGCCGCAGCGAUCGGUAAUACCGUCAUUCAAACGGAAGUGCAUCAAGAACUGCCAUUUCCGUAUGAUAGAGCGUUGCACUUGGCCGCAAUGCAACCAUAGCUGCCCCAAGUUGCAUAAUCCCUUUACGGGCGAGGAAAUGGACUUUAUUGAACUGCUCAAGAGCUUUGGUCUAGACAUGAAAAGUGUCGCAAAUGCCCUCGGCAUCGAUAUACAUACAUUGAAUAGACUCGCUUCGCUGGAAAGACGUGAAAGCCCAGAGAAUGGAAAUUUCGAUUGGCAUUUUCGCCGACGGACAGGGGAAAACAAGAGUUCUGGCGUGUAGAAAGUGUAUAUUUCAUUGUAAUUGACAUGCUAUCUCUUAAUUUAUUAUAAUUUAUAGGUAAAAUAACUGAUCAUGUAAGUAUGUUUUACGAAUUAAUUCACACGUUCAUGGCGCAGAGUGUGUCGCCAAAAUCAGAAAUCGGGCGAAAGGCAGAAUCUCCUUCCAUAUCUGUUCGAAUGCAAUUAUUUUCAUAUCUCGAUUGUCUUUUGUAAAAAGAUCCUUUUCUUUAAAUGUAUCUCGAUAUAUCUUUGUGUUCAUCACAAUCAUGUAGAUUCAGUUUGCUGUGUCAUUUAGAUCAGAAUCAGCACAACUCAGUCGCAUAUAUGAAAGACUGUAAGGAUCUUCCAAUGGCAAGGACUGAUUCUUUUAUGUAAGGUCGGAACGGAAACUCAUCAAUAAACAAUUGACCGACCGACAAAGCAGCUUCAUAGACUGAUUAAAUUAUCUACCUCAACGAAUCAAAUCGUAUUAAUAUCCUUCAUGUACCAUAAUUGUCAGAUUAGAACAUCACGAUAAGAACAGUGUUACUGUAAGUUAAUACGCGUAAAGUAUAUAUUGUACCUAUGUCUUCAAUUCUGUAAUAUAACUAUACCGAGGUAAUGUUAUUUAUUUAAUAUAGCAUAGUAUCCGACAGUAUCUGAUGAUUGCAGCGGCAUAUUUCUUGUCGUGCGCACAUAUAUCGAUGGUCCAGUGAAAUUGUAAUCACAAAAUUAUAUUCUUCCGAGAUUAUUUGUCCAAUAAUUUUUUCGGUGAAAAUAUUUUGUUCCUACCGAUUACGGUGGAAACAAAGUACCGAAUAAAUACGUUGAAAGUAUUUGACGGGUGGAAAUGACACAAUACCAUCUUCACUCAAACGCUUGACAGAUAAAAUAAUCGUAACUAAAUACUCAAAAGUACAACUUUAUUUAUGUCAUCGAUAUAUUGACGUUAUUAAAGCUUACAUGAGAAUUUAUUUAUUUUCACUUUUUUAAAUUGUGACUCCGUCUAUGCGAAUGCGAUCAAAAUAUUUGAAAUUUUAUGGUUCGAAGCUUACUUGCAUCCCACGUAUAUUGUAACAUGUACUGUUAUCUUUUAAAAGUAUGACACUGUAAAUAAAUUGUAUAUCUGUUCUAUUGA